GAGCUAGUAGGAGAGUGUUUUUGUCCGUCACUCUACGCUCUUCUCACCCUAUUUACACCACCUCACCUUGUGGAGUGCGUCCUCUGCUUGGAUUGUCACCAGUUCAACACCAUGCUGCUUCGGACUGUUGUUAUGCUCCUCCUCUGUGUGUCUGUGGGCAUGUGUGCCACUUUAGGCCACUACCAGACUCAGUCAAAGGAGGAGGAGGCCCCUGAGGUUACUGAUGUAGCUGAAGAAAGUGUCGCUCCUCCAGAUGCUCGAGUAGGAGAUUCACCUGCGGCCGAGGAACCUGCAGCUAAUUCCCUUUUUGGUGACAAUCUUCUAGCUAAAACACUUGCAGUGGAUGACUCAGCAGCUGAUGAACCUAGAGUGGAUGUCCCUGUAACGGAGGGUGCAACAACUGAAGAGCCAGGGGUAGACAGUAAUGGGCCGCCCGGAGACACCCCUGCUAUGGAAGCUCUUACUAAUGAAGCUAUCACACACGAGCAACCUUCUUCUUCUUUUGAGGAGAAAGACAUCAGACCAGUCCAGAAAAACAAGUCCCUGAACAGACCCUUGGCUCAUGAAGAUAACAGUUGGAGCCUCAGCUCAAUAAGAAAUCAGUUUCAGACCGUGCAUGGAUACUUUGACUCCCUGGUGGAGCUGGUGGGAGGACAUGAUGGUGUGUGUCAGUACCGCUGCAGAUAUGGAGAAUCUCCUCAACCUCGCCCCGGCUACCAGCUCUCAGAGCCCAACGGCUGCAGCUCCUCUCUGGUGGGAUUCCAGGUGAAUGCUGCUCUUGACCUGGGGAUCCCUGCUAUGACAAAGUGUUGUAACCAACUUGACACAUGCUAUGAAACCUGUGGGUCAAACAAGCAUGACUGCGACUCCAAGUUUCGCUUGUGUCUGCAUGGCAUCUGCUCAGACCUGAAUAAGAGUCUGGGCUUUGUGACAAAGGUACAAGCUUGUGAAUCAAUAGCAGACACCCUCUACAACACAGUGUGGACUCUUGGUUGUAGACCUUACAUGAACAGCCAGAGGGCAGCAUGUUUCUGCGAGGGAGAGGAGAGGGAUGAACUGUGACACAGAACGCUGUGGACUCCUGAAUGCCUUCACAGACAAACAACAGAGUCAUGGGUAUUUCUACAGACUACAGGCUUUUUGACUCAAGAGGAGACACCGCACAAGAGCCUUCUUACAAUUCGGAGCUUGGGAGUUAAAAAAAAAAAAAAAAACAUAAAUGAGGAAUGCAAAUGAAAAAUUUCUCAGG